AAGUAUUUAGAGAUAGUAAUGUAGGUUAACAUUUCUAUUUCUUGUUAAAUUUUUUACAAACUUAAUAUAUGAAAAUUCAACAAUAGAAUGUAAUUUUGAGCUGUUAUUUAUUAUAUUUUUAGGUUAGUGUUUGGACAACAUCACUGGAAUAAGCAUGUAUAGCAGUGAGGAACUAUUAGAUGCAGGAAUUAUCUACAAAAAUAAAAAAGAACAACUAGAUGUUACAAUAGGUGAUGGAAUGGAGUUACUUAUUCGAGGAAAUAAAGAUAAAAAAAAGAAACCACAAUCAAGUAGCUCUUACAAUUCUUCUGGUAUGCAUCAUAGUAGCACUGAUGAAAAUUGUCAAAUUAGAGAUAAAUAUGAAUAUGAAUCAAGAAGUACAAAAUCUUACGGGAGCCAUGAUCAUGAUCCAUACGACAGUGAAAGUCACAAAAAGAGUAAACGUAGCUUGCAUAGUACUGAUGAUAAAAUAUAUUUAAAAGUAGAACCUAUUCAGACUGAUCUACGUGAAGAAAAUAUAGAGAAUUAUGAAUUAGCUGGACAAGAAAUAAUUGAAGAAGAAAUGUAUAAAGAACAAGAUCCGGGUGAGGUAGUAGAAGAUGUUUUCGAGGAAGAAGAAUAUCCGGAAGAUUGUUUUCCUCCAAACUGUUAUAAGAAAUUUCCUUUUUUAGCCGGUGAUGAUGAUAUGCCUUUUUGGUUGGGAUGGGCACAGCUUCGGUUAAAAACAUUUCAAUUAAUCGAAAAUAAAUAUUUUGAAACCGCUGUUAUUACUAUGAUAUUACUUAGUAGUCUUGCUUUGGCCUUGGAAGAUGUCAACUUACAACAUAGACCCGUUUUACAAGAUAUAUUGUACUAUAUGGAUAGGAUAUUUACUGUAAUUUUUUUUUUAGAGAUGUUAAUUAAAUGGUUGGCUUUGGGUUUCCGCAAUUAUUUUACAAACGCAUGGUGCUGGCUCGACUUCAUAAUUGUUAUGUUGUCUUUAGUAAAUUUGGCAACAAUAUGGGCAGGGGCUGCAGAUAUACCUGCAUUCAGACCAAUGAGGACUCUUCGGGCUUUAAGGCCUUUGAGAGCGGUAUCUCGUUGGGAGGGUAUGAGAGUAGUAGUCAAUGCAUUAGUACAAGCUAUUCCAAGUAUUUUUAAUGUCCUUUUGGUGUGUUUGAUAUUUUGGUUAAUAUUUGCUAUAAUGGGAGUGCAGCUAUUUUCAGGAAAAUAUUAUAAAUGUGUCGAUGCAGAUGGUAAUACUCUUAGCCAUGAAAUCAUUCCUGAUAAAAAUGUUUGUCUUGCUGAAAACUAUACAUGGAGAAAUUCGAAAAUGAACUUUGAUCACGUUGGCAACGCAUACCUUUGUCUUUUUCAAGUAGCGACAUUUAAUGGUUGGAUGGAAAUUAUGAGAGAUGCAGUCGAUUCGAGAGAUAGUUAUGAUAAACAACCUAUUCGUGAGAUCAACAACUAUAUGUACUUCUAUUUUGUAUUUUUUAUCAUUUUUGGUUCAUUUUUUACUCUAAAUCUAUUUAUUGGUGUGAUAAUUGAUAAUUUCAACGAACAAAAGAAAAAAACAGGUGCAUCUCUCGAAAUGUUUAUGACAGAGGAUCAAAAAAAAUAUUAUAACGCCAUGAAAAAAAUGAGCUCUAAGAAACCUUUAAAAGCUAUACCAAGACCUAGGUGGCGGCCACAAUCAAUCGUCUUCCAAAUAGUUACAGAUAAAAAGUUUGAUAUGCUUAUAAUGUUGUUCAUUGGACUCAACAUGCUAAUAAUGACAUUAGAUCAUUAUCACCAACCUAAAGAAUUUACAAAUAUUUUAGAUCUACUAAAUCAAAUUUUUAUUGUAAUAUUUUCGGGAGAAUGUUUGCUAAAAAUAUUUGCAUUACGAUAUUACUAUUUCAAAGAACCUUGGAAUUUGUUUGAUUUUGUUGUAGUCAUACUUUCACUUGCAGGUUUGAUUUUAAGUGAUUUCAUUUCUAAAUACUUUGUUUCACCUACUCUUUUGAGAGUAGUGCGAGUGGCCAAAGUUGGCAGAGUAUUGCGUCUAGUAAAAGGAGCGAAAGGUAUACGUACUUUGUUGUUUGCACUAGCUAUGUCAUUACCAGCUUUGUUCAACAUUUGUCUACUUUUGUUCUUGGUAAUGUUCAUAUUCGCAAUUUUCGGAAUGUCAUUUUUUAUGAACGUAGCAAGUAAUGGAGGUUUAGACGAAGAUUAUAAUUUUCGGACAUUUGGUCAAUCAAUGAUUCUUUUGUUUAUGUUGUCUACAUCUUCUGGCUGGGAUGCUGUUCUCGAUGGAAUCACUAAUGAAGAUAACUGCAUUAAACCUAACUUAGAGAUGGGCAUCACGGGUAGUUGUGGUAACAAGACUGUAGGAACUGCAUUUUUACUUUCAUACUUGGUAAUUAAUUUCUUGAUUGUUAUCAAUAUGUAUAUUGCGGUAAUUUUGGAGAAUUAUUCACAAGCAACGGAAGAUGUACAAGAAGGUUUGACAGAUGAUGAUUAUGAUAUGUAUUAUGAAAUUUGGCAACAUUUUGAUCCAGAUGGUACUCGAUACAUCCGAUACGACCAAUUGACUGACUUUUUGGAUAUACUUGAACCACCUCUCAAAAUUCACAAACCGAAUAAGUAUAAAAUCGUUUCCAUGGAUAUCCCAAUAUGCAAAGGAGACUUGAUAUAUUGUGUUGAUAUACUUGAUGCAUUAACAAAAGACUUUUUCGCACGUAAAGGAAAUCCCAUCAUUGAAACCGUCGCAGAGAUUAGUGAGAUUCAAACAAGACCAGAAGAAGCCAAAUAUGAACCGAUUAGUUCUACAUUAUGGCGCAUGCGUGAGGUGUAUUGCGCAAUGACCAUACAAAAAGCUUGGCUUAGAUUCAUUCGAGAAAAACGUCAGAAGCAAAACUUAGAUGAAACUGCAUCACCAGAUGGACGCGAUACUGCAGUUAUGGUGGAAAGCGACGGAUUCGUCACUAAAAAUGGCCAUAAGGUAGUAAUUCAUUCUAGGUCGUCAUCCAAAAGCUCAAAACUAGCCGAUGUUUAAAGGGGCCAAUCAUUUAAAAAUAAAUUUUUGUAUAUUAUUGUUGUUAUUAGUUUAUAUAUUUAUUGAGACGAAUGCUUCUGUUGUAGCGUGGCUUUAAUCACUCUACUAUUUUAACACGUCAUAAUUUAACUUUGUUUAUUGCAUUAUAAAAAUAUUAUUAAUUAUAAUUGCUGUGAUAUAAAACAUACAAUGCAUAUGUUUUGUAGAUUUUAAGAUACAAAAAAAGAGCUUUAGAAAUUAUUUUAACAUGGUAAAAUUAUUAAAACUAUGUUCAAAAAUGCAAUGUGGUACACGUUUUAUAUUUUUACAAAUCAAUUAAUAUUUAUAAUAAUUCUUUUAUGACGUAAUUCCCUUUUCUAAUAUUUGGCGUUAUAUUUUAAUUAUUUUUAUAGACUAUAAUUUGAUUUAUUUUUUUAUAGUUUAAUUAAUUUUAUGUGUAAGCAUUGUGUAUGAUUUCAUAUACAAAAAAAAUUCACUAUAUAAUUAUUGUUAUAGAUAAGUUACUAUUGACAUCAUGUAUUUAAUUAAAAAUACAUUAAAUAAUUAAUAUUUCUUAUAUUA